AACACCCGUAUUCUAAGAUGUUUACUCAAAACUGCCUUCACUCGGUCCUCAGCCAAGGCCACCUUAAGGGAUUCUCAAAAUCUCCUUGAAAUCGGUAUUCUUAGUUGGCACCUCAACCUUAACGGAGGUUUCCUCCAGCGAGGAAGAGUGGAGGUAUGACGUCAUUGUUUUCGUAUUAUUUUGUUGGCAGCAUGAUAGAAUUCUGUUGGCUGUGGUCACGUUUGUAGUUUAUGGGAACAUUUAAACGUCAAACAAAUUGUCAAAUCGACUUUGACAGUUGAUUUCGCGGUACCGGCUUUGUUUAUUUCAAACACAAAUUUCAGACUACUUUGCACUGAGCAAGUUAUCAUCCGUCCCAAACUACUUUGUGGAGUGUGAAAGUGUUUAUUAGAUUUGUAAAAGUGUUUAUCAAGUCAAAAUGUCGAGCGGAUCAACAAGACAAACUUUCACUGAACACGAAAAAGUGUGUCUGCAGGAAUUAGUUUUGAAAUAUAAAUUAAAUUCUGCUGCAACUAUUGGGGCUGGAAAUGCAAAUGUAAAAAAAAUGGCUUGGGUACGCCUUACACAAGAAUGUAACUCCAUUGAGACCAAUAGUAAAGUAAGUACCUAAAUGUAGCACAUAAUAUUAAUAUCAUUCCUGAUUUUGAUUAAACUUACAAACAAACCUUUGAUUUCUUUUAGCGAACAGAGGCACAAUUAAAAAAAUGUUGGGACAAUUUAAAAACCAGAAGAAAACAAUUUCUAGCACAAGAAAAAAGGGAACGCAUGAGGACCGGAGGUGGGUUGUAUGCAGCUAGUACCUCUCAAGGCUCCCAGGAGGCUAUUGAUGCUGCUCUUUUGGAUGCCACAAAUAUAGAGCUACAAGGCGUGUUUGAUAGUGAUAGUGAUAUGGUGUUGGACCACAACAUGUUAGCCCCAGUACCCGAUCUCCCUGCACCUGCAGCCCCUGCAGCACCCGCUAAUACCUCACCUGGCGAAGGACCAUCCCAAAUACAAAAAGCUAUUCCUGUGGAAGUUGAUAUUGAAAUAAUGGAUAAUCAAUAUCGUCCAUCAGCCGGGUCUCGUCUCUCCGAUUAUGACCCACCUUCUCUAAUUCAAGAGUCUGUUCCUGUGGCACAAGUAGAGCUACCUCGUCGACCAUCAACUGGAUUGAGAGAACAUGAUUAUGGAGCACCUUCUCAAACUCAAGCUUCAAAGAACAUUCGGGCUCAUGUAAUUAAUCAGGAGUUCACCUUGCGAAAGGAUAGAUAUCAGGUGAUAGUGGACAGGGAGGAGGAGCUACACAAAUUGAGGAUAGCAGAGCGGGAGUGGCUCGUAAAGGCAGCUGAGGAGACAUAUCAUAAAGCUCGCCUUGAAAAGGAAAGUGCGCAGGAGUUGCUGCUAUGCAGCCGGGCUAAGCGAGAGCUAGCAGAGCUGCAUCUUUCUAGGGAAAGAAAGAAAUAAAUUGAUAGUUUUUA